AUGCACGACUUGGAGGACGAGGAUAUUUUUGAGGAGGAGCUGAUUUUGAGGAAGCCGAAGAAGAGGACCUGGGGCAGGACAUUUUCGACCACAACUGCAAAGCGGGGCAUUUGGGGCCAGGCGCUGAAGUAUAGCGUCGCAUUCGUCGUUGGAGCCGCAGUCCUUGGAGCGACUGCAAAGCUUGGCCGUGCGGCUUUGGCAGCCUGCGAGUGCCACCAGUGGACAACGGCGGUCGCACGGUCGUACCUGAGCACGGAGACGAACGCAGGCGCGAUCUGCGGGGCCAGCAGGAGACAGUUGGUUCUGGCGUUCCUCGCGCUGCUGCCAGAGAAGCCGGCCGGGGCCAGCAGGAGACAGUUGGUUCUGGCGUUCCUCGCGCUGCUGCCAGAGAAGCCGGCUCUGUUUUUUCCAUCCGAUGCCAUCUUUGAUCAGCUGAAGGCUCCUCGAGUUGGACAGGGCGCCACUGUUUUGAGCAGUCCAGUACUCGUGAGCCGUGUGUGCUCUAUCGGUGUGCAGCGUCAACCGGAUCAAGCCGCUCCACCAAGUGAUUCGGUUCCGCCCAUCGUUUUUUUACCGUUCUUGAAUGCAACUCCGAACCUUGAUCAGUUGGAGACGGUUUCUGUCAUCCCUGUUCCGGACUUGAGAUGGCUGACGAAUUACCUUCCUUCUGGUCGCGAGGUGGCAGGCCGCCUUCAACGAUUGCUUGGCAGGAGGCAAUAG